AAAAAAAAAAAAACCAGAACAAGAGAGGGAGAAGAUAUCAAAAAGGGCGCAUGAGCAUUUCUAACACACCCCGAGUUCAGUAAACAAUCUGGGGGAGUUUUUUUUUUCGAAUUCUCCACCAGCUUCCAGGCCCAGCUGUUUAUUCUCUCAAAGAAGUCAUCUACGCACCUCGCGCACCUCCCAUACCAGUACCUGUCUCUCAUCCGGCCCUCUAGCUUUGUCUCCAUGGCCGCCGAAUCCUUCCGGGCACAGAUGAACUCUAUGGGGUGGUCAAGGAGGGACGAGCCCGCUAAUACUUCUUCUUCGUCUCCCUUCAUGAAUAGACUAUCAUCCCUGAAUCCUUUUGGUAACGGGGGGUAUGUUCGGCUUCCUACGAAUAGCUCCGACCCCCCUCCGCAGCUCCCAACUCAAACUCGCCAGGAAGAGGACGCGGGAUGGUUCGUAUUGAGCCGAUGGGAUCGUAUGUUAGUAUUUGCGGCUUGUAAUCUGGGGGCUGCAGCCUGCUUUGUCGUCUGCUUUUUCUUAUUCCCCAUACUUGCGACAAAACCCAGGAAAUUCGCCGUGCUCUGGACUGUGGGAUCGAUACUGUUCCUGACCUCCUUCGCGGUUCUCCAGGGACCACUCGCCUACGCGACGCACCUUCUUUCGACCCCAAGACUACCAUUCACCGCAGCAUAUUUUGGAAGUAUAGCUCUGACUCUAUAUUUUGCACUUGGGGUACAAUCUCUUUUCCUCACUCUGAUCUCCUCGAUAAUCCAACUUCUGGCUUUGGUGUGGUAUCUCAUAUCGUAUUUCCCUAUGGGAUCAUCAGGCCUGAGAUUCGCGAGCCAACUAGGGGCUAGACGAGCUGCAGCAUGGAUGCAGGGCUAAGGCUUGAAAGGCUCAGAUCAUUUGUCGUGUGAAUCAAAACAAGAUCCCACAGGUCUCCCUAAGACAUCUGUCUGUUCACAUGGUGGAUAUUUGGAAAGAAAAAAGAAAAGAAAAGAGUACCUGCCUCGUGAAUCACAAGAGGGCUUUGAGGCCCUUUCUACCUGGCUGUGAAAUAAUAGUAAUAAUGAGCAGGGUUUGUCUGAUGUA